UUGCCCUCCAGAUCUGGCCUUUCUAUCACAUUUCACUUCUGGAGCUACUGCUGUUAAGGAUGGGGGACAACCAGUCAGGGGUCCCAGAACUCAUCCUGGUGGGAUUCCAGCUCAGUGCAGACAUGGAAGUGCUUCUCUUCUGUGUCUUCUCCCUACUGUAUGCCUCCAACCUGCUGGCAAAUGGCAUGAUCUUGGGGCUCAUCUGGCUGGACGUCAGACUCCACACUCCCAUGUACUUCUUCCUUUCUCAUCUGGCUGUCAUUGACAUGUCCUAUUCUUCUGGCAGUUUGCCCAAAUUUCUGGAAAACCUGAUGUAUUUGUAUUUGGCUUUUGCUUCCACAGAGUGCCUGAUUUUGGUGGUGAUGUCCUAUGACAGGUACGUGGCCAUCUGCCAUCCUCUCCACUACACGGUCAUCAUGAACUGGAAACUGUGCUCGGUGCUGGCCAUCACUUGUUGGCCAUGUGGCUUUUCUGUGGCCUUACUACAUCUAAUUCUCUUUCUAAGAUUUCCCUACUGUGGGUCCCAGGAGGUGAACCACUUCUUUUGUGAACUCCUAGCUCUCCUCAAAGUGGCCUGUGGGGACACUUGGAUUAACAAAGUUUUGAUCCUUUCUUCUGGUGCAUUUAUCUUAGUGGGGCCCCUUUCCUUGAUGCUGUUCUCCUACAUGCGCAUCGUCUUGGCCAUCCUGAAGAUCAAGUCAAAGGAGGGCCGCAGAAAGGCCUUCUCCACCUGCUCGUCCCACCUCUGUGUGGUUGGGUUGUACUUUGGCAUUGCCAUGACAAUGUACUUGGUCCCAGACAAUGGCCACCAAGAUGAGCAGAAGAAAGUCCUUUCCCUGUUUUACACCCUCUUCAACCCAUUGCUGAACCCCCUCAUCUACAGUCUGAGGAAUGCUCAAGUGAAAGCUGCCUUCAAUAGAGCGGUGCAGAAGCAGAGACACUAUGAAUAA